CGAUGACGCCAUCUUGAAAUUGUCCCGACCAGAGGCGAAGACGGCAACGGGAUUCGUGAAACUAACACGACACCAACUCGAUAUUCAUUCCAGCGUCAACUACCGACCGUUCCACUGGGUGUCGGCGACCUAACGCAUUGUGUGUUUUUGCUCGCCAACGGUGUUAUUUUGGAGGAGGAACCCUGCAAGGCCUGGUUUACGAGCCAGCUCCCACCCCGGAGAGCGCCUCGUAAUCGGACGAAGCCAUAGCCGGCCAGCCCCGCUCGGCAGUCGGGACGACACCGAGCAGGCGUCCAGCGGAUUAUUACCGACAUCGAACGCUUCACGACGUCAAGAAGCCGUCAACUUUGGAAGUAUGCCUGGUUCUUCUCUCCCGGAGGUUUGGCACGGAGCGCACCGAGGAGAAGUUUGAUUGGACUGCGGAGGGCGCUUAAAUUCCCAUCCGAUGGAUUUCAGUUGUGUCCGGCCGCGGCUCCACUUGCUGUCCCGCUCGCUUCAAUGGUGAUCCCAACGACACAACUGGUCUCGAGAAUGCUGAAAUUCUGGCAAAUAUUCAUCCCUGGCUGGAAUGUCAGCAAGUCUCCCUCCAUUGUUUGUCUAUAAUCCUGGACAUACCAGCAGCCUGUAUGGGAUAUUGUGGACUUAAGCACCGUAUGACAUGAAGAGAAAAAUGCCCACUUCCUUGAGAUCGUCAACAUUUACCCCGAUUUGACUUUGAAGAAUUUGUGCUCUUUUUGGUUGCCGUUGUUUUUUUGCUCUUUUGAUAUUCUCCGUACAAUCAUUGGAUCACACUCGAAUGGAAAAUGGGAAACGCCACCAAACUGGCCUUCGCCGUCUUUCUCAUCUCUUGUUCUUCAGGUGCCAUCCUGGGGCGCUCCGAGACGCAAGAGUGCGCCUACUAUAACUCCAGCUGGGAGAAGGAGCGCACGAACCGCAGCGGCAUUGAGCCCUGCUAUGGUGAUAAGGACAAGAGGCAGCACUGUUUUGCGACGUGGAAGAACAUCUCUGGCACUGUGGAGAUUGUCAAGAAGGGUUGCUGGUUAGAUGACGUCAACUGCUAUGACAGUAACGAGUGUGUGGAAAGGAAGGAGAACCCUGACGUUUUCUUCUGCUGCUGUGAAGGCAGCAUGUGCAACGAGAAGUUCCUGUACGCCCCGGACACACCCACACAGAGUGAGACCCACCAAUCAACCGCCUACACAACUUCCAAUCCAUUUCCCCAAAAGCCUCAACUCUUCAGCACUCUGCUGUACUCCUUGGUUCCAAUAAUAGGCUUGGCUGCUGUUGUCCUAUUCUCUUUCUGGAUGUGGAGACACCACAAGCUGGCCUACCCUGCUGCUCUCGUCCCCACACAUCAUCCCUUUCACAUUAUGGUGGAGGAUCCAGGGCCUUCUCCCCCGUCCCCCAUCUUGGGACAAAAGCCGCUGCAGCUGAUCGAGGUAAAAGCCAGGGGGCGCUUUGGCUGCGUCUGGAAGGCCCAGCUCCUCAGUGAUUAUGUGGCCGUCAAAAUUUUCCCAAUCCAGGACAAGCUGUCGUGGCAGAACGAGUAUGAAAUCUACAGCGUGAGCGGAAUGAAGCACGAAAACAUCCUCCACUUUAUCGGUGUGGAGAAAAGGAACAACAACUUGGAUCUGGAGCUGUGGCUCAUCACCACCUACCAUGAAAAGGGCUCACUAACAGACUACCUUAAAGCCAAUGUGGUGUCGUGGAACGAGCUUUGCCUCAUUGCUCAGACAGCAGCAAGAGGCCUGGCGUACUUGCACGAAGACAUCCCUGGUCACAAAGAUGGACACAAGCCCUCGAUUGCUCACAGGGACAUAAAAAGUAAGAAUGUUCUGCUGAAGAACAAUCUGACAGCGUGCAUUGCUGAUUUCGGACUGGCACUGAAGUUUGAAGCCGGGAAGUCAGCCGGAGAUACGCACGGACAGGUGGGGACACGGCGCUACAUGGCUCCCGAAGUACUCGAGGGCGCCAUCAACUUCCAGCGUGAUUCCUUCUUGCGCAUCGACAUGUAUGCCUUCGGCCUAGUUCUCUGGGAACUGGCAGCGCGAUGCACUGCCGCAGAUGGGCCAGUGGAUGAGUACAUGCUCCCGUUUGAGGAAGAAGUGGGUCAGCAUCCAUCAUUGGAGGACAUGCAGGAGGUGGUUGUGCAUAAAAAACUGCGGCCGUGCCUGCGCGAGUGCUGGCAGAAACAUGCGGGUCUUGCAAUGCUCUGUGAAACCAUUGAAGACUGCUGGGACCACGAGGCAGAGGCCCGUCUGUCUGCCGGCUGCGUGGAGGAGCGCAUCGGCCAAAUGCAGCGCCAGGCACCGAUCAUCGGCCCUGAGGAGAUAGUCACGGUCGUCACCAUGGUGACCAAUGUGGACCUCCCACCCAAAGAGUCCAGCUUAUGAUGUGCUGUUCCCCAAGCGCUCGUGGAACCAGAAGAGGCCGCCCUGGUCGGUUGGCUGAAUGGGUUCUUUAUAUUUCUCUCUUGUUCGUCUGUUUCUUUAAGUGCGGGCCGCUACUCGCGUUCAGGAAACCCUGCGCUGCACCUCACCACGUCAGUCCAUCGCCACCUCAUUUUUGUGCCUGAGGAUUUUAACAGUUGAAAAAGAAAACUUCUCAUUCUGAGCUUCAGGAUAUUUUCAGACAUCAAAAAAGCAAAACAAACAAAAAAUUAAGGGUUGCCACGAGUGACUGACGUGCCGGGACAACUUCACCCCAACUGUCAUCAUGUUUGUUUUUAUACACACACGGGAGGAGAGCGUGCCGUUCUGCUGGGUUUUCUACCAAGAGAGAAGAUCUUGCAUGGAAUUCCACUCUUGAACUCUCCAUGCAUUUUAGUGUAUUAUAACAAAAAAAAACAAAAAAAAAGGAAAAAAAAGAUGAGCACCGGGCUCUGGAUUUGCUGUUUCUCUUGUGUGCAUUUGAUUAUUUUCCCGAAGACUAUCGUUCUGCCAAUAAGCAAACGGCUUCUGAAUGUUCAUAGUGUAAUGCUGCUGUACAUAGUGUAUCAUGGACCCGAAUCAAGCUUGUGUAAACGGGGUGAAGGGGGACUGAGGACGGUCGGGGAGGGGAGGGGUCCAUAAUCAAGCAUUACGACGAUAAAAACCAUAAACCUCCUUCAACCAGGUAUACCUCAGUUCACGGACACGAGUCCCUCUCACUGUUCAUGACAUCCAGACACCCGUGAAUUAUGGGUGAUGUAGUCAACAAAGUCUCCAUAGACAUGGCCACCUACACGAUCAUGUAUCGCUGUUUCCCUUCUCUCACGUUUCGACUGAACUUGUUGAACUCUCAGUUUUGUUUAUGACUCUCUCUCUCUCUCUCUCUCUCUGUGCUAUAACGUUGGGGUAAAACAGACCCACGAAGAAUUCUCUUAUUGGUUGAUAGUUAUAAGUGCAAGGAACCCUUUGAAAUUUGGUUUGAGAUAAGGUGUUUAAAUGCUCCUUGGAAACUGGAGCCUUUUGUGCUCGUAGCAAACAGCUUUGUUUUUCUAAUUUGUGAUAUGAAUCAAAUGUGGUCUGGUUCUGAUCCAAUACUAGAUGAGCGCACACAUUUUUAGUCAUCAGAUUUGAAGUGUUUUUGUUUUUUCUUUCAAAGCCCGAGUUUGGAAUUUGACCUGUAUUUAGCUGAGCCAGCUUUGCUUUGGAGUUCAUUGCACACAUCUUUUUUUUUUAACUAUCCAGAGUUUCUGUUGUCUAUUGAUGCGCCUCAGGAAUCUUUGCUACUCCCCACUUUUCGACUCAUCGACAUCUCUUCAUCUGCACUCGUCUUCCCCUCCUCAUGGUCACUUGCCGACGUGCACCUUCAUCAUGGCCCAUGAUGUGAACUAGUUGUACGCCUCAUGAAUUAGCCGUGAUGUGAAAUAUUGAUGAGAUUUAAGCUGGGAGGCAGCCUGCCAUUUCGGAACACACAGCAGUUUAAUUCCAGCGUGAACUAAUCGUAGGAGGAGGAGCAGGAAUCCUCAGAUGUUCUCGACUAGCUCGGGCCGGGGCCCUAAUAAGAACACUAACAAUGCUGGGCACAAUCUUGACAAUCGCUCAUGGAGCUGAACUGAGUGGGGGGGAAAAAAUAAGUACUUCUUUGCUAAGUUUUAGCAAUAAAUAGCACUUCCUUAUUAACACUAAAAUAGUUGAUACUGUGACUUCUGCUCCUAAAUUAAGAGACCGGACUCCUUGCUAUAGUUUCACGGAGGUUUGUCAAGAUCCAACUCUACAGCAAAGGAAGUGGAGCGUAACUGGCUUCUGGUUGUCGUCCGCUAGUUCCCUGCCCCUCUCGCGCGGCUCUUCACUGUCCCGACCAUCCACUGGCUUCUCAUUCACCAUAUCUGUCGUCAACACAGUUAAAACCGUUGACAAAACUGCCAGUCAACUUUGCUACCGCAGGGCUACAAUCUUUUCAGAAUCCUGCUGACACGAACCAAACAAUCCGCUGUACGAGUGGGGACAAGGAGCCUUUUCUUGCUCUCUUUCAUCCUGGUGCCAUUUCUACGUGUCCACUAGAGUUACUCUUGUAGAUGUCAGGCAAAAAGGAUGUAUCUGUCGCUGUUGUGAGACGCAACGGCGGCCCAAUUUUAUUUUAUUUUUUAAUCUUGAUUUCCUCUGAGGGAUGUUGAACACUGGUGCCGGCAAAAAAAUAAAAUGAAAAAAAUAAACCUGCAGUCUCUCCUCAAGGUUCUGGGACAGUUUCUCAAUUUGUAGGUUGCAAUGAGCAUUUCAGGAAUGUUGAGGUUGCCAAACAUUUUCCUAACAAUAUCCAUAAAUAUUUCUAUUUAAAGUUUAAUAUUAGAGUGAGGUGGAUCUUCAGCACUUUUACAACACAAGAAACCUACAGGAAGUUAAAGCCAUCAUCUUAUUUACUGACUGUAGCAUCGAUAUCACUUCCUUUUGCUGCUGUUGAUUCCUCAUCAUCCUCAUGUGUCUGGAGAAGUUCGGAAGGGUCUGACCCAUGUUUUCGAUCGGUUGGCACUACCUCACUCACAGGGAAUCCAUCGCCGGGUAGAAAUAGCGAUGGUAAAUCAAAUCUAUUUGUCAGUACGGGAGAAUAACUUCUAUAAUAUUAUGGACGUUUUGCACUAAUGAUCAGGCGGCAAUAGUUUUCUGAAUCACUGACUCAACAUGCAAUUGAAUAUGAAGCGUGCUAGCUACUUUACUGUUGAAGUAGUGACGAAAAAGUCCUGAAAAUGUUGUUUGUUUUAUGACCUGAAGUAGCACUAACACUAAAAUCAUCUGCGAGUGGAACAAACGUUGCUGCUGCUCUGUAUAACACUAUGUUGACGCCUUCUCCACCGAUAAACAUCGGUCCGACACUAAACUUGGUUGAUCACGGCCCUAACCAGAGUGUGUAUCCCGUUCAGGGUUUCUUUUUUUUCCCCAGCUCUAAUCUGCAUCUGAGAAACUGUCCCAAAACUCCAAAUACCAUUCAGGGAUUCAGUACUAUGCUUUUCUAAGUUCUAACAAGUUAUAUGCAACCAGUGCCGCAAUCUACCCUACACUUCUGUGGGAUCAGCUGCAGGAGCGACCUUCAGUGUCAACACACAUACACACACACACACACACAAACUUGUAGCAUUUUAUUUCUUCUUUUUUUUUUUAAAAAAGAAAAAAAAGCGUGACCUUGCAUAUUGAUAUGUUGUAUUUAUUUUUUGAUUUACAGGCCUGAGGUUGUGGAGUUCAAAGCUCACCUGCGACUCUUAAGCAGAGUUUUAUGGUCGUUGUAUUUGUGGGCGGGAGGGUUUCGGGUGGGCGGGUUUGUUCUGUUAUAAUUCAGGAAAUACUUUGAUUAAUGACAGAAAAUAUAAAAAAAUAUAUAAACUGUAAACAUGCUUCUAACUAUUCAGUCUACGGACAAAUGACCGAGAAUGAAUGUUCUUCAAACUCCUGGAUACCAGUAUUGUGGUGGACGGAUUGAAACCGGCCCUGUGUACCUGUAGAGGGCUUUGCUUCUGGCUGGUGUCAUACGAUUGUUCCCUGCCUGAACGAGUGAGGGCCACACUCGGAGAUCCACUCCUGCACCUGGAACUUUCCCCUCUUAAACUGAGGUCCCUUUUGAUCACACUGGUGAUGAUCCUGGCCGAAUGCAACCCCACUUUGAGAACAGGGCGCUUUUAGAAGCCCCGGUGCAUCAUUACUUUGACCCCCUGUCUGAGACAAAAAUAAAUAAAUAACUCGAUGCUACUGAAUCAGAUCUAUAGGAGUGGAUAUUCCAGCCGUUGCCCUUCACACGUUUCCACCUCCAGCCCAGCACCUCACAUUGCUGUGCGUAUAAAUACCAGUGAAAUAUUGUGUGUUGUUGCCCCCACCCCACCCACUAUUUUAAGCAGUCUAGGAUCUGUACAGACAUAAAUACCUGUAUCAACUAUAUACUCUGAGCUGAAACUUUAUAAGUGCGUGUGAAAAUUCAGUGUUUCCUCGACAUUCAUUUAUACUUGUGUUUUGAUUCAGAUUUGUCCUUCACGAUGUGUAAAUUUAGUUGAGCUUUGUAUAAGCUAAAAGCUAGAGGCUCUUGGGGAACUUUGUAAAGCAUCUUUGAAAGCACUUAGAGGAUUUUCUUUCUCUCUGGUAUAGAUAUUAAGGAAUUUAAGCCCACUGUGGUCUUCUGCCGUUUGUAUAUUUAAAACACCUCCCUAGAGCUCUCCAAGAGAAAUCCAAAAGUCUCUUUGAUAAUUAAGUCACCCACGAUUAGUACUUCAUUCAAGCAUCUCAACUUCCUGCUUUUCUCCGUAUUGGUAAGACUUUUAGAGCAAAUGUUGACCUCGUGGUCAGUCAUGGCUUCGGGGAAAGGUCUUGCCUGGCCUGGAAUUCAUGCAAGAAAAAAAGAAAAGAAAAAAAAACAACAGUAACACUAAAGGUUUUCUGACCCCACAUUUCUUGAGGUUUUCAAGAGUUGCAUCGCUGAUCCGGGAUCCUCGGAUAUAAUCCGCUGCGUUCACAAACCAAGUUUGUGUUUGUACCAACAACAAGAACACUUAGAAGCUUCACCUGAGGAUCAGAACAGAGACGUUAUACGGACGGUUCUAAACUGGUCCUGGAUCAGCGCUGCAACUCGCAUGUCCGUCGGUUGUGGUUUUUAUCAGUUGAAGUGAUCCAUGUGAUGUAAAUAAAUGUGUUUUUAGAUUGUG